GCCCAUGUUUCUCAUGUUUUGGUUUUCGCGGUGUUGUUUACUUUAAUUUUCCUUGAUUUCUGGAGCAGCAGGUCCAAAAAUGGCUCAAGCUGCACUAGAAGAAAAAGUUUCUACCCUGAUUCACCGUAUUCUGAAGGCAGAAUCCAUCGAAGAUGCUUUCAGUGGCUUCAUCAUUCACUCGCAUGAAAAUGAUCAGAUGAAGAAGGCAUGCUGUUUGGACAUAAUUAAGCAAUUCUGGGGCGGUCUGGCUCAGGAAAACCACGAGACGGCCACCCAGCUGUUUGUCAGUCACAUCCAUAGUCAGCGGAGCCAGAGAAGAUCCAAACUACUGUUUGUAACUUUGGAAUCAGCGGUGGAGAGUAGUUUAAUACCAUCGAAGAUGGUAUGUGAUGCCUUGAUGUCCUCCAAUAAACUCACCUACAAAUCAUCUGAGGUGUGGUGUCAGACAUUCACGGUCAUUAAAAAUAUUAUUGGUGGUGUCGAUUACAAGGGUUGCAGAGAUCUACUACGGGCAGUUCUAGAGAAAUGUCAGAGCAUCCCACCGACAGAGAAUGUAUCGGCCUUGAGACAAGUGGAAGCUGUACACAGCGUCAUAUCACACAUCUUAAAUCGCGACUCGUGUUUGCUGCCCAGUUAUUUUGCUGUUAACGAGAUCAUCAAGUUAUGUCCCGAUGAGCGACCUUGGCCUCAAUGGAUGGGUGAACUUCUCAGUGAAUUCGUGCAGAGCUUCAGAUCAACAGCACAGAUGGUUUCUGUUUCAGGUCGUUCCAGUUUGCUGCCAAUAGUAGGCCACUCCAGCUCAACUGUGAACAUGUGGAAGCUUAAUCCCACAACUUUGAGAUUUGCCCUUAGUGGGCCUUUGCCAUAUGAUAAGGAACUAUAUGAACCCCAGAGUGGACUGUUACGAUACGUCUUGGAGCAACCUUACUCGAGGGAUAUGGUGUGUCACAUGCUCAGUCUCAACAAGCAGGUCAAACAGAGAUGUGUGGUUCUGGAAGAGCAGCUGGUCGACCUGGUUGUCCUUGCCAUGGAGCGCUCGGAGAGUGAGGAUAGUGCAACAGACGAGGGCACUAUAAGCCAGUUGCUAUGGCAACACCUAUCAAGUCAGCUCAUCUUCUUCGUGCUCUUCCAGUUUGCGAGCUUCCCCCACAUGGUGAUGUCUCUUUAUGAGAAGUUACAAGGGCGUGAUUUGAGGAAAGGACGUGAUCACCUUAUGUGGGUUCUGCUCCAAUUCAUAUCGGGGAGUAUACAGAAAAAUCCUCUGCAAGAUUUCUUGCCAGUCAUGAAGCUAUAUGAUCUCCUCUACCCAGAAAAGGAGGACUUGCCGAUACCCGACGUCAACAAGGCCUACUCCACCAACGCGAUGGCUGUCACGUGUAUUUGGAUCCACCUAAACAAAAAAGCACAGAAUGAGAAAGUCAAGUUACAACGACCCGUACCUAUGACGCUGAAAGCACACACAGACUUCCUCCUGCAGAGUUUACAUUCGAAUUCAAAGAGUUUGCCAAUGACAGACUACAGGAUAGCGCUGUUGUGCAAUGCAUACAGCACAAACACAGACUUCUUUGCCCUGCCAAUGGGAAUCCUAGUAGAGACCAUUUACGGCAAUGGGAAGUCCACUGCCACCACCCUUCUGCCUGGUAAUAUCCCUGCUGCUGCCCCUACACAACCACUGCCGAUGAAUCUACUCGACUCGCUCACAGUGCAUGCCAAAAUGAGUUUGAUUCACAGUAUAGUGACGAGGGUGAUUCGUCUGACUCAGACACGAGUCAAUAAUGCAUUAGCGCCAGCCUUGGUGGAGACAUACAGUCGUCUGCUCGUCUACAUGGAGAUUGAGUCAUUGGGAAUCAAAGGAUUCAUUAGUCAGCUGCUACCCACUGUCUUCAAGGGCCAUGCCUGGGGGAUCCUUCAUACUCUCCUGGAGAUGUUCAGUUAUCGUCUUCACCACAUCCAGCCUCACUACCGGGUUCAGUUACUCAGUCAUCUCCAUUCCCUGGCCACAGUACCACAGACAAAUCAGACACAGUUGCAUUUAUGUGUUGAGAGCACUGCGCUGCGAUUGAUCACCGGCCUCGGCAGUUCCGAAGUUCAGCCACAGCUUUCUCGACUGUUUAGCGAACCCAAGACGGUCGCCAUGUUGUCUGGAGAAUCGGAAGAGCUGAAUCGAGCAUUGGUGUUGACUUUGGCAAGGGCAUUACAUGUUACAGGGUCGGAAAGCCUGUCAAGCAACUGGUGUAAGGAAAUCUUGGCGGCGAUCAUGAAGCACACCCCUCAUGGCUGGUCUUCCCAUACCCUCUCCUGCUUCCCGACCACGCUCAGCGACUUCUUCUAUCAGAACGUCAUACCGAGAGAAGACAAGGCAACGCUCAAGAAAAAUGUCGACCAGGAAUACAGAAAGUGGAAAAGCAUGCAAAAUGAAAAUGAGAUCAUUGCCCAUUUCUCCAUGCAAGGCACAUCGCCACUUUUCCUCUGCAUUCUUUGGAAGAGUCUGCUUGAAGACAACAGAAUCUCAACGAUCGGAUACAAGUUAUUGGAUCGUCUUGGCCCCAGAGCACUCUCUGCCCACCUCAGAACAUUUGCCGAUUACCUGGUGUUUGAAUUUUCAACAUCUAAUGCCGGGGGUCAUGUCAAUAAGUGUGUGGAAGCUCUGAAUGACUUGAUCUGGAAACACAAUGUGAUCACCAUUGACCGAUUAGUCCUUUGUUUGGCAAUGAGGAACUUGGAGGGAAAUGAAGCACAAGUGUGCUUCUUCCUGAUCCAGCUUCUACUGCUGAAGCCGCCAGACUUCAGGAAUAGGGUGAACGACUUCGUCAAAGAUAAUUCGCCCGAACACUGGACUCAAAGCAACUGGCACGAGAAGCACAUGAAUUUUCACCGCAAAUAUCCUGAGAAGUUCUUCAACGAGGGCGUGCAAGACAUCUCCAACCAGUCCCAGCAGAUGUUACCCGUCUAUUUCGGUAACGUCUGCCUCAGAUUCUUACCCGUUCUCGACAUCGUCAUCCAUAGAUUCCUCGAGCUUCCAUCGGGACUCUCCAAGUCUUUAGAGACCCUGUUCGAACACUUGGGCGGCCUCUACAAGUUCCACGAUCGUCCCGUGACCUACUUAUACAACACUCUCCACUACUAUGAGAAGAAACUCAAGGACAGGCCGUUGAUCAAGAGAAAACUGGUGCAUGCAAUCAUUGGUGCUUUGAAGGACAUACGCCCUGCCGACUGGUGCCUGACUAAAGACUAUCAGGCCUAUAUCCUGAGAUCAAACGAGGAUGUCGAUUGGAUACCAGAACAGGAGUACUACAUGAGGCUGAUUGGAAGACUUGUGGACACUAUCUGUGGGAGUGUUCCGUCUGCUCUGUCCAACACGGACUGGCGUUUCAAUGAGUUUCCCAACCCCGCUGCUCACGUCCUCCACGCUACGUGUAUCGAGUUGAUAGCCUUGCCAAUAGAGUGUCGCGUCGUCGGCAAUGCCUUGCUCGAUAUCGUCUUGAAGAGCAGCACACAGAUUGCACGAGACAAGGUCAUGGCGUGGAUGAAUGCGAUAGGAUUGGUGCUGACUGCACUGCCAGAUAGCUACUGGUCCGUCGUUCACGACAAGGUGAUAGAGGUGAUGCAGAGUCCGUUGCUGAGCGAACCACCAGCUGAUCUCAAUCCGCUACAGAUGUUCAACUUCACAAAGAGUUACGGUCUCUACAGCGAAGUCCAUUGUAGCUAUGUGCUGGCUCUUUGUCAUUCGGCCUGGCAGCAUGCCAGUAUUGGACAGCUUAGUGUAUUCUUACAGGUGAUGAAGGAUCAGCUUAAACCCAUCAUCAAGACGGAGAUCCAGUUCCUCUACCUGUGCCAUCUGAUCGGGCCAUUCUUGCAAAGAUUCCACGGAGAGCGUAUGAGAUGCCUACUGGAGUUGACUGUGGAGUUGUACGAAAUACUAGAGAAUGUGGACAAGGGAACUGAACACAUCAAGUACAUGGAUUCCAUCAGUGACUUCCUUUAUCACAUCAAAUAUAUGUUCGUUGGCGACAGCGUCAAAAACGAAGUCGAGAAAGUCAUCCGCAAUCUUCGCCCAGCAUUCCAGAAACGAUUGCGCUUCAUCUCGCAUCACAGCAAGGAGGAAGCCCAAGCUCCGACCCCAACGGAACCUGUCAAUCCUCAGUCUGUCUGACCCACGGCCGAAGAAAUGGACUCCGAUAUCCUAACACAAAAUGGAUCAGAAGCAACGUCUGUCUGUUAGCCACUUUACUGCCGAAUGAUACAAAUUGGAUCAGUAGCGACGUCUGUCUGUGAGCAACUUCACUGCCGAAUGUCAUCUUGUCAGUUUUUGACAAAAACCUAGUGAAAUGCCUUGGCCCUGAAGGACAAGGCUGUUAAAAUUACUUAAAGCUCAGAUUGUGGCCCCAAGACAUACUGUUCAGCUGUAGUUGAAUACAUGCUUUCAUGCAUUUUCAAUAGAUGGCUCUGAGUGUUAACUGCGAGACUAAGUGGCUCCUCAUUGUCCAUUUGUACGUACAUGUAUGCAUUCAGUCUCCGUCACGAGUUCUGAUGUCACUCACUGUCGUUUGAGAUUGAGAUCGAUGCGCCACCGUGAUGCAAAACACAAGUUAAUAGGCUAGGGUGUUGCGCUAUUGCACGAUUGGUGUUGUCGAUUGGGUUGAUGCCUGUUAUAAAAACCAAAUUACUCAGCUUCCUAAGCAUUCACGGUUUACAGCACAAGUACAGUAGAACCUCUCUAUUAAGGACAACCUUGGGACUGACAAGUGCUGUCCUUAAUAGAGAGCUGUACUGAUUAGAGAGGUCAAAUUGAAUGGAAACAACCAAUUUGGAGCCAAACCUAGUGUCCUUAACUGAGAUUUUGUCCUUAAUAGAGAGGUGUCCGCCUAGGGAGGUUCCACUGUACCAGGAUGUUCAAAGAAGAACUGAUUCAAAUCAGUGUUGUACAUGUAAAUUAUUGUAAUGUAUUAAUGUAUGUACAUGUACAUGUAUAAUCUGAUUACAUA